AUGAAAUAUCUAAUAUGGUUUGUGACGUUUAUUUCGUUUUUAAGUCAUAGUCUAGCACUAUGGUGCUAUCAAUGUACGGCAGCUACGCCUGGGUGUAUGGAGCCAUUCAACUGGCGCGGUGUAGGUUACCUCGGUAACCCAUGUCCUGAUAAUGAAGAUAUUUGUGUCAAGCUCAUUGAACGGAAAGGAGCACAAGAAGUAAUAACAAGAGAUUGCUUGAGCAACUUUAGAGCUUUUCGAACAGACAUUCCUGCAGACACAUAUGAAGGUUGCAGACCAGCUGCCCGGGAUGUAAAUCUAGCAAACUAUGUCAAUAACAGCAUAAAGGAACUUGAUAUUAAGAGGGACUGGUAUGAUGAGACAAUAUGGUGUUUCUGUUUCCUUGACCAUAGAUGUAAUGGGGCAUCAAGUUUGACAACAAUGGCGUUACUAAUCCCAACAUGCAUUGUGUUUCUAUUUACUAAAAUUAUGUUCUGA